AUGUCGAGGCAAUAUUUCAUCACAAACCAUCACCAUCACCACCACCUUCUCUAUGUUCUCUUGUUUACACUUCUUGUCCCUCUUUCCUUUGCUGCAAAUGAUGAAGUUAGUGCAUUGGUUUCAUGGAUGCAUGGCUCCUCCAAAGUUCCUUCUGCUUUUUCUAACUUGAACCCUUUGGACUCUACUCCUUGCAAAUGGUCUUUCAUCAAAUGCUCUUCAGCAAGCCAUGUCACUGAGAUAAAUAUUCAAAAUGUUGAGUUGGCACUUCCCUUUCCUUCCAAAAUAUCUUCCCUUCCCUUCCUUCAAAAGUUGGUCAUUUCUGGGGCUAACCUCACUGGGGCUAUCUCACUUGACAUUGGGAACUGCCCUGAGCUUAUAGUCCUUGAUCUUAGCUCAAACAGUCUUGUGGGUGAUAUUCCUUCAAGUAUUGGGAAGCUCAAAAAGCUCCAAAGCUUGAGCUUGAACUCUAACCAGCUCACUGGGCCAAUUCCGAGUGAGCUUGGUGAUUGUUUCAACCUCAAGACCCUUGAUAUCUUUGACAACAACCUUAGUGGGUAUCUUCCUGUUGAGCUGGGAAAACUGUCUAAUCUUGAGGUUAUAAGAGCAGGAGGAAACAAAGGCAUUGAGGGGAAGAUUCCCGAUGAGCUUGGAGAAUGUAGGAAUUUGACAGUGUUGGGUCUUGCUGACACUAAAAUUUCAGGUUCAUUACCUGCUUCACUGGGUAAGCUAAGCAUGCUUCAGACUAUGUCUGUUUAUAGUACUAUGCUUUCUGGUGACAUUCCUCCUGAAAUAGGCAACUGUUCAGAGCUUGUGAACUUGUUUCUCUACGAGAAUGAUCUUUCUGGUUCACUGCCAAGACAGAUAGGUAAACUUGAGAAGCUGGAAAAGAUGCUGCUUUGGCAAAACAAUUUUGUUGGGAGCAUACCUGAGGAAAUUGGCAACUGUAGAAGCUUGAAGAUUCUUGAUGUGUCCUUGAAUUCUUUAUCUGGUACAAUACCUCAAAGUUUGGGACAACUCUUAAAUCUUGAAGAGCUUAUGCUGAGUAACAAUAACAUUUCUGGUUCAAUACCACCAGCUCUUUCAAAUCUCACAAAUCUUGUACAGUUGCAGUUGGAUACAAAUCAACUAUCAGGUUCAAUUCCACCUGACCUUGGAAGGUUGGCAAAGCUGACAGUCUUUUUUGCUUGGCAGAACAAACUUGAAGGUGGCAUUCCAUCAGAAUUGGGAGGUUGUAGAAGCCUUGAGGCUUUGGAUUUGUCAUAUAAUGCACUUACUGAUAGCUUACCUCCAGGCCUGUUCAAGCUUCAAAAUUUAACAAAGCUUUUGCUAAUCUCUAAUGAUAUUUCUGGUCCCAUCCCUCCUCAGAUUGGUAACUGCACUUCUCUCAUUCGGCUCCGGCUUGUCGACAACAGAAUCAGUGGGGAGAUACCAAGAGAAAUCGGCUUCCUAAACAAUCUCAGUUUCCUUGAUCUGUCUGAAAACCAUCUCACUGGGUCAGUGCCACUUGAAAUUGGAAACUGUAAAGAACUGCAAAUGCUUAAUCUUAGCAAUAACUCCCUUUCUGGUGCUUUGCCUAGUUAUUUGUCUUCCCUCACAAGGCUAGAGGUGUUGGAUGUUUCUCUGAAUAACUUUUCUGGUGAGAUUCCAAUGAGUAUAGGUCAACUCACUUCACUUCUUAGAGUCAUCCUAAGCAAAAACUCUUUCUCAGGACCAAUUCCCUCCUCACUUGGCCAAUGUUCAGGUCUUCAACUGCUAGACCUUAGCAGCAACAAGUUCUCAGGGAGCAUCCCACCAGAACUACUCCAAAUUGAAGCACUUGAUAUUGCUUUAAAUCUGAGUCACAAUGCAUUAUCUGGAGUAAUCCCACCAGAGAUUUCUUCUCUGACCAAGCUAUCAGUUCUAGAUCUUUCACACAAUAAUCUUGAAGGUGACUUGAUGGCAUUUUCAGGGCUUGAAAAUCUUGUUUCUCUAAACAUUUCCUACAACAAAUUCACUGGCUAUCUACCAGACAGCAAGUUGUUCCACCAACUAUCAGUAACAGAUUUGGCUGGAAACCAAGGUUUGUGUCCUAAUGGUCAUGAUUCAUGUUUUGUUAGCAAUGCUGCAAUGACAAAAAUGCUGAAUGGCACUAAUUCUAAGAGGUCUGAGAUAAUCAAAGUCGCCAUUGGAUUGCUCAGUGCCUUUACUGUUGCAAUGACAAUCUUUGGAGUUGUUACCGUCUUUCGAGCAAGGAAAAUGAUUCAAGCUGACAAUGAUUCUGAGAUGGGAGGGGAUUCAAUGCCUUGGCAAUUCACUCCAUUUCAAAAGUUAAAUUUCACUGUGGAGCAAGUUCUAAAGUGUUUGGUGGAAUCCAAUGUAAUAGGAAAAGGGUGUUCAGGGAUUGUUUAUCGCGCCCAAAUGGAAAAUGGGGAUGUCAUUGCUGUGAAAAGGCUAUGGCCAACAACAAUGGCUGCAAGAUAUGAUAGCCAAAAUGACAAGUUAGAAGUUAAUGGAGGGGUUCGUGAUUCCUUUUCAGCUGAAGUAAAAACUCUUGGUUCAAUUCGCCACAAGAACAUUGUGAGGUUCUUAGGUUGCUGUUGGAACAGAAACACAAGAUUGCUUAUGUAUGAUUACAUGCCAAAUGGGAGUCUUGGAAGUCUACUUCAUGAAAGAAGUGGAAACUGCUUGGAAUGGGACAUCAGAUUCCGGAUUAUACUAGGAUCAGCUCAAGGUUUGGCUUAUUUGCACCAUGACUGUGCUCCUCCUAUUGUUCAUAGGGACAUUAAAGCCAACAACAUCCUCAUAGGCCCUGAAUUUGAACCAUAUAUAGCUGAUUUUGGGCUUGCAAAGCUUGUUGAUGAUGGAGAUUUUGCUCGAUCUUCUAGUACACUUGCUGGUUCAUAUGGUUACAUAGCUCCUGAGUAUGGAUACAUGAUGAAAAUAACAGAGAAGAGUGAUGUCUAUAGCUAUGGAAUUGUUGUAUUAGAAGUACUAACAGGGAAGCAACCAAUUGAUCCAACAAUACCUGACGGACUCCACAUUGUAGACUGGGUAAGACACAAAAGAGGGAGAGUUGAUGUGCUUGAUGAAAGCUUGCGAGCUAGGCCAGAACCAGAAAUUGAUGAAAUGUUGCAAACCUUAGGUGUGGCUUUGCUGUGUGUGAACUCAAGCCCAGAUGACAGGCCAACCAUGAAAGAUGUUGUAGCAAUGAUGAAAGAAAUUAGGAUGGAGAGAGAGGAAUGUGUGAAAGUUGACAUGCUUCUUGAUGCAUCAUCUGCAAAUGAUCAACAAGAAAGGAAUCUUCCCAAUGAAGAACCAAUGAGAGUGUUGAAACAUGUUAGCCCAACAAGCUCUAGCAACACAAAUCUGCAUCUCCAUCACUCCCCAUCAUCCACAAAGACCAGAGUAACUUUCAAGUAG